CCCAGAGACGCGAGGCGGCUCCUGGCGUCGCCCAGAGGGAGCGACUGAGCGAGCCGAGUUGGGCGCGGGCGGGCGGCGAGGGGGAGCCCGCUAGGAGUGCCCUGGCUCCCCGCCGCUCUCCAUGAUCGGGGUGAAAUAAGCCGCGCCUCCAGCAGGGGCUGCGCCUCCAUGACUCCCUAAGGGUUUUUUUGUGUUUUUUUUUUUUCCUUGUUCCCCCCUCCCCCCCAUCCCCCUUGCUCUCCCCGCUCCUCACCCCCCCCCCCCCCACACACACACAUACACAUCCCGGGCUCCGUCCCGCCUUUCUCCGCUUCGCCAGCGGUCGCCGCGUCCCGGUGCCGAGUCCCAGCGCGGAGCGCAAUGGCGUCCAACCCCGAACGGGGGGAGAUUCUGCUCACCGAGCUGCAGGGAUAAGGAGGAUAAUUCUGGAAGGGAGAUUCCCGAAACUUUUCAUUUUCUGAGAAUGUGAGUGCUGUUCAAAACUUAGACUUUUCGGAUACAAUGGUGCAACAGAAAUUGGAUGAUAUCAAGGAUCGAAUCAAAAGAGAAAUAAGAAAAGAACUGAAAAUUAAAGAAGGAGCUGAAAAUCUGAGGAAAGUUACAACAGAUAAAAAAAGUUUGGCUUAUGUGGACAACAUAUUGAAAAAAUCAAAUAAAAAAUUAGAAGAAUUGCAUCACAAACUACAGGAACUAAAUGCUCAUAUUGUUGUAUCAGAUCCUGAAGAUGUCACAGAUUGCCCACGGACCCCAGAUACUCCAAGUAGUGACCCUCGUUGUUCCACUAGCAAUAAUAGGUUGAUGGCCUUACAAAAGCAAUUGGAUAUAGAACUUAAAGUAAAACAAGGUGCAGAGAACAUGAUACAGAUGUACUCAAAUGGAUCUUCAAAGGAUCGGAAACUCCAUGGCACAGCUCAACAACUACUCCAGGACAGCAAAACAAAAAUAGAAGUCAUACGAAUGCAGAUUCUUCAGGCGGUCCAGACCAAUGAAUUGGCUUUUGACAAUGCAAAGCCUGUCAUAAGUCCUCUUGAACUUCGGAUGGAAGAAUUAAGGCAUCAUUUUAGGAUAGAGUUUGCAGUGGCAGAAGGUGCAAAGAAUGUAAUGAAAUUGCUUGGCUCAGGAAAAGUAACAGACAGAAAAGCGCUUUCAGAAGCUCAAGCAAGAUUUAAUGAAUCAAGUCAAAAAUUGGAUCUUUUAAAGUAUUCCUUGGAGCAAAGACUAAAUGAACUUCCCAAGAAUCACCCUAAGAGCAGUGUUAUUAUUGAGGAGCUUUCACUUGUUGCAUCGCCCACACUGAGUCCCCGUCAAAGUAUGAUAUCAACACAAAAUCAGUACAGUACAUUAUCUAAACCAGCAGCAUUAACAGGUACUUUGGAAGUUCGUCUUAUGGGCUGCCAAGAUAUACUAGAAAAUGUCCCUGGACGAUCAAAAGCAGCAUCAGUUGCACUACCUGGCUGGAGUCCAAGUGAAACCAGAUCAUCCUUCAUGAGCAGAACAAGUAAAAGUAAAAGCGGAAGUAGUCGAAAUCUCCUAAAAACAGAUGACUUAUCCAGUGAUGUCUGUGCAGUUUUGAAGUUAGAUAAUACUGUGGUUGGUCAAACUAGUUGGAAACCUAUUUCCAAUCAGUCAUGGGACCAGAAGUUUACACUGGAACUAGACAGGUCACGUGAACUGGAAAUUUCAGUUUAUUGGCGUGAUUGGCGAUCUCUGUGUGCUGUAAAAUUUCUGAGGUUAGAAGAUUUUUUAGACAACCAACGGCAUGGCAUGUGUCUCUAUUUGGAACCACAGGGUACUUUAUUUGCAGAGGUUACCUUUUUCAAUCCAGUUAUUGAAAGAAGACCAAAACUCCAAAGACAAAAGAAAAUUUUCUCAAAACAACAAGGCAAAACAUUUCUCAGAGCUCCUCAAAUGAAUAUUAAUAUUGCCACUUGGGGGAGGUUAGUGAGAAGAGCUAUUCCUACAGUAAAUCAUUCUGGCACCUUCAGCCCUCAAACUCCUGUGCCUGCUAACGUGCCAGUCGUUGAUGUACGCAUCCCUGAGCUAGCACCUCCAGCAAGUGAUUCUACAGUAACCAAAUUAGACUUUGAUCUUGAACCUGAACCUCCUCCGGCUCCUCCACGUGAUUCUUCCCUUGGAGAAAUAGAUGAAUCUACUGAAUUGAGAGACUUGGAUUUGCCAGAGCAGGAUUCAGAAACUGUUUUUGAUAUUGAGAAUGACAGAAAUAGUAGACGUCCAAAAUCCCAAUCUGAAUAUGAGUCUGAUAUUCCUCAGUCAAACCUAAAAUAUCCUCAAAUUCGAGAACUUGAGGAGAGAAGGUCUCAACAGAUGUUUCAGUUUAAUCUACAAGACUUCAGAUGCUGUGCUGUCUUGGGUAGAGGACAUUUCGGAAAGGUGCUUUUAGCUGAAUAUAAACAUACAAAUGAGAUGUUUGCUAUCAAAGCCUUAAAAAAAGGAGAUAUUGUUGCUCGGGAUGAAGUAGACAGCCUGAUGUGUGAAAAAAGGAUUUUUGAAACUGUGAAUAGUGUAAGGCAUCCCUUUUUGGUGAACCUUUUUGCAUGUUUCCAAACCAAAGAGCAUGUUUGCUUUGUUAUGGAAUAUGCUGCUGGUGGUGACCUAAUGAUGCACAUUCAUACUGAUGUCUUUUCUGAACCCAGAGCUGUAUUUUAUGCUGCAUGCGUAGUUCUUGGGUUGCAAUAUUUACAUGAACACAAAAUUGUCUAUAGGGAUUUGAAAUUGGAUAACUUAUUACUAGAUACAGAGGGCUUUGUGAAAAUUGCUGAUUUUGGUCUUUGCAAAGAAGGAAUGGGGUAUGGAGAUAGAACAAGCACAUUUUGUGGCACUCCUGAAUUUCUUGCUCCAGAAGUAUUAACAGAAACUUCCUAUACAAGAGCUGUAGACUGGUGGGGACUUGGUGUACUUAUAUAUGAAAUGCUUGUUGGUGAGUCCCCCUUUCCUGGUGAUGAUGAAGAGGAAGUUUUUGACAGUAUUGUGAAUGAUGAAGUAAGGUAUCCAAGGUUUUUAUCUACAGAAGCCAUUUCCAUAAUGAGAAGGCUAUUAAGAAGAAAUCCUGAGCGGCGCCUUGGAGCUGGUGAGAAAGAUGCAGAGGAUGUAAAAAAGCACCCAUUUUUCCGGCUCACUGAUUGGAGUGCCCUGAUGGACAAAAAAGUAAAACCACCUUUUGUGCCUACCAUUAGAGGCCGGGAGGAUGUCAGUAAUUUUGAUGACGAAUUCACCUCGGAAGCACCUAUCCUCACUCCACCUCGAGAACCAAGGAUACUUUCGGAAGAGGAGCAAAAAAUGUUUAGAGAUUUUGACUAUAUUGCAGAUUGGUGUUAAGCGCCUAGACACUGUGAAACCAAGUAGACUGACUCACAAGAAGACCUCUUAAAAAUAACAGCCCUUCGUUUGCUCUCUGUGCCACCAUAAGCAUCCAAGUUUUUUUAAAACAUGAAGAUUCAUUUUAAAGUACUAUUGUAAUACCUUCUCGAACGUGGCUUUUCAAUUUAUUUUCAGCAUAAUAUUGAGCACUGGAAACAAUUUCAUGGAAUUUAAGCUGAAUGAACAUCUGCCAUGAAAAUCUGUCACAGAUGAAAACUUUUGGAUCAAUAGUCUAUUUAAAAAUGAGAAAAAGCACUCUUCUACAAUUCUUAGCUUUACCAUUUGCCCGACCUGCCUUUAAGUGAAAGGAAAAUUACUUAGUUAACCUCACUUAGCCAUAUCUGAAAAGAGAGAAAAAGGGCUUGGAAUGCUAGAAUAAGGCAAAUGCUCUAAUUUUUUAAAAAGAAAUUAAUGUAAUAUUUUUUUAAAUGUAGUGGCAUAUACCAUUUAAACAUAUUUGAUGGCUUUUUAAAUGAAAUGAAUUGAUGUUUUGUAAUUUUUUUAUAUUUAUUUAGGAGAAAGAAAUUGUUGCCUUAUCUUUACCAUGAAACAGAGCCUCAAAGCUUUCCAACAGAAGCUAUCUGCCAAACAAUUUUUUCUGUUCAGACAUGCUGAAACAGAACAAUUAAGCAUCAGCAUUUACUUUAAAUUUUACGAGGACUCUGACUAGCCUGAACUGUUAUCUGUAUGCAUUCCCAAAGUCUAGACACGUGGUAUGUUUAGUCAUACCUUCUAAAAUCAGUGAACUGAUUAUUCCUUUUCCAUAGUCAUUGUACAUUUAUCAGUCUAGUUCAUCUUGUUCUGUGUCUACUGUAGAAGGAAACUAUAUCUUUGUUAAAACAUAGGAAUUAUUGUAUACAUGCUGUGAACAUGUAUAUGUGCAAGUUGUAAUGUAUUCUGUGUUGUAGGUUUAUUAUUUAAUUUCACCACUUCAUCACUUUGUACAGUGGCCAAGCAGACACCUCAAACUCCUCCAGCAUUUACAUUAAGUGCAUUUGUACGUUUUGGGCCACUGGAUCCAGAUUUUAUAUUGGCAGUUACUGAGGGCAAAAGCAAUAUAUUAUAAUAGAAUGUAUAAAUAUUUUUGAUAAAACAGUCUAUAUUUUAUAAAAUGUAUUAUGACACUAAAACUGUACCUCAAAAGUCUCAAAAAUAAUUUGAUCAAAUACUUUUUACAUCUUUUCAGAGGAUCCAUUUGUGGUU